AGUGACAUACAAUCUAGUUAAAAAUGCCUCCUUGUUGCUGUAUCUCAUUUGUCAAUGCAGCAGCUUUUUUGUUUCUGCUAAUGUUAGGGACAUUUUAUUGUCUUAAUUUAGACAAAUUCUGAAUUUCUGCUGAUCUAAACUAAGCUGUUCAAGUUCUGGAUCCAGUUGUUCAUCUCAAGCAAAAAGAUUUAGAUGUUCCUUACAAUUAAGUGUUAGAUACGUUUCACCAGAUUGGAAUUAUCUUUUAAAGUCACAUUUUAAGCAGCCCAGAUAAUACAUUUUCCCUGAAACAUUGUUUGAUUCUCAAAAUGUUUGAUUUGGGCAAAUGUAUUUCUUUGAAUUGAGUGGCUUCAUUGGCAGAGGGCUGAAACAUGCAACAGAAUUAAUUUGCCUUAACAAGCAGCUUUGUGUCAGCUGAACCACAGUGACUGAUGUUGAAUGUGUUUUUAACCUAUGGCAAAUACAAGAUAGAAUGUAUUAGCUCAUACCUUAAUGAAAGAGUUGAAGCAAGUGCAUUUUAUCUUGUAUUUGUAAUGACCUAAGAAUGUACAGAUAGUUUACUGUAGCUUGGUAAACACAUGGUAUUAAACUCAUGCAUUAGAGCCCUAACUCUUUCAUAAAACAACAAUUUGGAUGAGGCAGUGGCCAAUCUUCUUCAUUAGGUAUGUGAUUUUUUAAAUGUUUAGGAGCUCGUGACUCAUUAUCUGUCCACCUCUGCUUGUUUUGCUGAUGCUUUUGCUCCAGGACUAAAUGGGGCAAAAGUGACUUUCUGAAAAGUGCAGCAAAAAGCAGUCCACAAAUAGACCGGCACAGAUAAAUGUUUGGUAGUUCUUUAGCAACAAAAUACUGAUGGCUAAUGGCAUGUGUCCAGUUGAUCACAUUUGACAUGUUGAAAUGCAGGUGCCUACAACAUACACCAGCUCUUACAGGGGUGUUUCCCCUUUCCAAUUUUACUUUGGUGAAGGAUGUGGGUUUUCUUUAAAACCCAAGCCCCAUCCUGCAACAUGGUUUAGCUCACUUUUUAAAGGUAUUUUACCUUCUGUAUGUGUUUCUCUUACCUCCUUCCACAUUUGACUCAAUGUUGCUUUAAUUUUCUCUAAACAAAUUGAAGAAGACAAUUACUAGGUUUUUAUUUAUUAUUCUUCAGGGAUGAAAAUACUGACUCAGAGAGAUCCCUUUAUUUUACCUGCUGGAAAUUAGAGGAGGUUGCUUAAAGAAUCAAAAGAUAGGCUGAACAGCAGCUGUUGCUUCCACUCCUUGGUGGUACUUAACCGUUCUUCAGGUGGAUGUUAUAAUUUGAUUUUAAUGCUUCCCAUGCUUUGUGCCAGCUACUCUUUGCUCUGUUCCUGUCUCUUUCUCUUGUUUCCUGAUCCUGCUUCCAGUGAACUCCCCGUUGCUUCCUGUUCUCUCCUCCUUGGCUGAGUACUGCUAAUGCUGAACUUUCCUCAGAUCUUUGUCCCUUUCUCUUGACACAGAGCCUUUGGAUUGCAACUGUCCAGCCUUCUUUUAAAGGAGCAGCUUCCAAAUAACUGCAGCCUGAGUAUCGGUUGAUAAGGAAAAGAACUGUUUCUUUAUCUGUACCUUCUAAGUAUUUUUCAUGGAUGACUGAAAGCAAACAAACUUUGGCCUGUUAGAUCAGUAAGUGAGUGGGCUGUAGAUAUUGCUGCUCAUACAUCAUUGGUAGAACUUUGCGUUACUACAACAAUGCUUAAUUGCUUGAGGAUACAGUGAAAGGUUACUACUCUUUUUCGCAGGAAAAGAAGUCCAAGAAAUGCCUUACUAGCUCAGCAGACUUUGAGAAUGGAUAUAGCAGUCAGGCUUGUUAUGACAGGUUGGUGACCAGCUGAGGUUAGAGAUCAUCCUCAAAUUCUCUUUACCAUACAGGCUUUUUUCAUGCUUUAAUAUGAGUAGUUUUGAUAGCUGCCAGAUAGGUUCUUGAAAGCCUCACCCUCUUUUUGCCCCUCCCUCCUCAUGAUUCAUCUGGUAGUGUCUGAUAGAGCCAGCUGCGGCAGAAACAUGUGAAUAACAGGCAUUUCAUGUACUAUGUGCAGCAAUAGCUUCAGAUCUAUGUGCAUUAACUUCUCCGUGGACUGACAAGUGCAUCUACUAAAAGAGCGGCUCUAUGGAGCUAAAACCCCUACAGAGCAGGAUUUGAGGGAAGAUUUUGCUAGAUUAUGAAAAGGUGAGGAGAGAUGUGUUCCCAACAUGUAAAGGGCAAAGGCCAUUGAAUGGUGAUACAGAAAUCAACAUAUGUUUGGGGAGGAGAAUAAUGUAGGUCACUCCCAUAUCAUGAAGGAGACAGGUUCCCUCUGAACGAUUUCUGUGGAGGAUACUUAUGUAUUGCUUAUGAGUAGACAUAGACAUACUAUUGUAUAUUAGGUCAGUUGAGGUAUAGCCUGAACAUUCAACAUCUCCUUGUACAUAGUCUUAAAUCAGUGAGAAAUUAUAUCAGACUGGUAGUGGUUCUCAUUACUUUUUCUUUCUCUCUUGUUCUAACAGAUACUAUCAGCACACUUCAUUAUUUAUUUUAUAAUGACAUACAUUAAAUAUAUAGCAAACAUAUUCUUGCUUUUGGUAUUUUUCUGAAUGAUGUUUACCUGUGACUUUUAUAGGUCUUUUGAUACUUUAUAAAACCUUCAGUUAGUAAGUAUUUAUAUACUAGUAAAUUGAGUAGUUACGAACUUUCUUAGCAGAAUUUCAGCAAACAGUACCUAUGUGUAAACAAUAUUAAACACAAGACUAUAAAGCUAAUGUGGUAGCACAUGAAAAUGGAAUUUUUUGCCUUUUUCUAGAUAAGAGGAUGGGAUAUGGAAUAUUGCAUAAUUUUUUCUAAUGUCAUGAAUCAUAAGCUUGAAAGACUAAGGAUUUAAAUAUGUACUUUAAGUGAAAGGCUAAUCAGUAUAAGAGGAAAUGAAAGUAAUACAAUGGAAUUACCAUUACUCCAUUUUCUCUUUCUCAUCCUUGAAGCAUUAAGGCCAUAAAAUUAGUUUUGUUCUGGUGGUGCUGUAUCUAUUUACUAAUAAACUACCUGAAAGAUUAUAUAUCUUUGAGGGCAGAUGAAGGCGAGCAUUCUUUUUUUGUUCGCUAUUAUUAUCUGUACAACUCUUGAGAUAAAUUUAGAACCAAGAUGUGUGUUUUCUUUUGGAAAUGAAGCUUGCCAAGCACAGUAAAACUAUUUUUUUCGUAAGUACUCAGACUUAAAUAGAGUAUUUUUCUUGUGCAUGUAAACAUUUUAGUGUUGUAGCUUGGAAUAGGAUAAGAAAGUGAAACUAGCAAAGUCCCAGCCUACACUGUGGACUAAAUUCACUCAGAUGCAUGUCACAGGAUUCAUUCAGGCUGGCUAAGUCUCAAUGCCAUGUUAGAGAGGAGUAAGCUGUGUGCUGUAUUUUGCAUAUCCAGGGUUUAUUCUAAAGGAAAUCAGAACACAGCAUCAGAAGGAAGCUGCGAUAUGCUUUGGUAACUUCCCUACCAGGAGCAGCCACAGGACCAGUGCAGAACAGCAAACUAGAGCUUUUCUUUCUAUGUCCUGUGGAGUCUGCCAAAGAAACAAAAUUUGUUCCACAGCUGAAUGAGUUGUAAGACAAGUUACUUGUUGCUAAAUAUUGUUAUUCCAUUGGUUUACUGUAGUGCUGUAAAAUAAGGAGAAAUUUAACUACAUCUUUUUAGUUUGAUGGUUAUUUACAAUACCAAGUUGGUUGACUACACAAAUUUGUGCUAAGCAUUGAAGGUUGUUAAAUCUAAUUCUUAAUACUCUAUUCUGAAAAAGCUUGCUUUGGUAAAGAAAGGUAAGUGCAAUUUACCUUUUCUUUACUGAAUAAGAAACAAAAGCAUACUACAUUAGGUUCUUUAAUCUUUAACCAUCCAGGGGGCUGUUCUGAAACAUUGACCUUUUCUAUUGUUCCAACUUAAUGAAGAUAGACUUUUUUUUUUUUUUCCCCCUAACGGAUAUGUAUGACUAAUCCAAAUGUGAUUUCAGUGUAAAAGUCCUUAGUUUAGAGGCCUUCUUCCCUAGUGAAACAGUAACUCAUGCAAGCUUAUAAAUAUUAGGACUUUGUAUUAUGUGUAACUUAAACUGAGGCUGUCCAGUCUUUCCAUUGGCCCAUUAGUUGUCAUCCUAACACUCUCUGUACUGCUGAGAGUCACAACAUGCACAUAUAUACCGUGUAUAAUGCAGAGUCAAAAGGCAGUGGAGAUCCAGGAGAUACAGGCGACGCUGGCUUCGUGGCAAUUCCUCCACUUCAGUGUGAUAGGUGCCAGGCUAGAUAAAGAGUGUGGCUGAGUCCCAGGGUAACCUGGUGAUGACAGCUCCAGCAGCCCCUGCCAGCUCCCUUCUUCCCACAGCCAGGGAUUUGGAUUACCCAGCAGCCCCCACACCAGAAUAACCCUGCUGCUGGUCACCUGAUGUAGCCAUGACACAGGAGCUGCAUUUGACCUGCUCGUGAGCAACAUGCAGCUCACAACCCACAGGUUGGUUACCCUGACUUAGGCAUUAGCUCAGUACAAAAUCUGUAUUUCAUAGUUCUAAUCCAGUCGCUGUGGUUCAUAUGGGCUGCACUGCAUGUUUUCCAGUAGUGUAUCAAUCUCUAGUGUUAAAUUGCAUGACUAUUCUAGCAUAUAGCUUGUAAGUCUCUUUUUUUAAUUUUGUCUUCUUUCUUUUUUUUAUUCAGACAGGGGAUUUGGCUUCUGUGCAAUUAACAGGAACUCCAAAUAGAUGGGAGGUCUUGUCUGCAGCUCCUGCCACUAUAAAGGAUGAAGCUGGUAAUAUAGUACAGAUUCCAGGUGCUGCCACAGUAACUUCAAGUGGGCAGUAUGUCCUUCCUAUUCAGAGUUUGCAAAAUCAACAAAUCUUUUCUGUUGCACCAGGAUCAGAUUCGUCGAAUGGUACAGUGUCUAACGUACAAUACCAAGUAAUACCCCAGAUCCAGACAGCGGAUGGUCAGCAGGUUCAACUUGGCUUUGCAGCCUCUUCUGAUAAUAGCAGUAUAAAUCAAGAAACUGGUCAAAUUCAGAUCAUUCCUGGCUCUAAUCAAACCAUCAUUGCCUCUGGAACACCUUCAGCUAAUAUUCAGAAUAUCUUAUCGCAGUCUGGUCAAGUCCAGGUUCAGGGAGUUGCAAUUGGUGGUUCGUCUUUUCCUGGCCAAGCACAAGUAGUUGCUAACGUUCCUCUUGGACUGCCAGGGAAUAUUACUUUUGUACCCAUCAAUAGUGUUGAUCUAGAUUCUCUGGGACUUGGCAGUGGUUCUCAAACCAUGACAGCUGGCAUUAAUGCAGAUGGGCACUUGAUAAAUACUGGACAGGCCAUGGAUAGUUCAGAUACUUCUGAAAGGACUGGUGAGCAAGUUUCUCCGGAAAUUACAGAAACCGCCACUGAUAAUGACUUAUUUGUGCCAACAUCAUCUUCAUCGCAAUUGCCCGUUACCAUAGACAGUUCAAGUAUAUUGGAACAAAAUGCAAACAACUUGACCACAACUAGUGGUCAAGUUCAUAGUUCUGAUCUUCAGGGAAAUUACAUCCAGACAUCAGUCUCUGAUGACACGCAGGCUCAGAAUAUUCAGGUCUCCACAGCACAGCCAAUUGUACAACACAUACAGCUUCAAGAGUCUCAGCAGCCAACCAGUCAAGCCCAGAUUGUACAAGGUAUUGCGCAACAGACAAUCCAUGGUGUGCAAGCAAGUCAAAGUAUAUCUCAACAGGCUCUUCAAAAUCUUCAACUGCAGCUGAAUCCUGGAACUUUUUUAAUUCAGGCACAAACAGUGACCCCUUCUGGGCAGAUAACCUGGCAGACAUUUCAAGUGCAAGGAGUUCAGAACUUGCAGAACUUGCAAAUUCAGAAUGCACCUGGUCAACAAAUAACUCUAACCCCUGUGCAGACUCUCACUCUUGGUCAAGUUGCAGCAGGUGGGGCGUUGACGUCAACUCCAGUUAGUCUAAGCACUGCUCAAUUGCCAAAUCUACAGACAGUUACAGUAAACUCUAUAGAUUCUGCUGGUAUUCAGCUGCAUCAAGGAGAAAAUGCUGGCAGUCCUGCAGAUAUUAGGAUUAAAGAAGAGGAGCCUGAUCCAGAAGAGUGGCAGCUCAGUGGUGAUUCUACACUGAAUACCAAUGAUCUAACACACCUGAGAGUACAGGUAGUAGAUGAGGAAGGGGACCAACCACAUCAAGAGGGAAAAAGACUGCGACGAGUAGCUUGCACAUGUCCCAACUGCAAAGAAGGUGGUGGAAGAGGCUCCAACUUGGGAAAAAAGAAGCAACACAUUUGUCACAUACCAGGGUGUGGCAAAGUGUAUGGGAAAACUUCACAUUUGAGAGCUCAUCUCCGCUGGCAUUCUGGAGAGCGUCCAUUUGUUUGUACUUGGAUGUUCUGUGGCAAAAGGUUCACUCGCAGCGAUGAGCUUCAGCGACACCGAAGAACGCACACAGGUGAGAAGAAAUUUGUCUGUCCAGAAUGUUCAAAACGCUUUAUGAGAAGUGACCACCUUGCCAAACACAUUAAAACACAUCAGAAUAAAAAAGGUAUUCACUCUAGCAGUACAGUGCUGGCAUCAGUGGAAGCAACACCUGAUGAUACUUUGAUUACUGCAGGAGGAACAACACUUAUUCUUGCAAAUAUUCAACAAGGCUCUGUUUCAGGAAUAGGAACUGUAAAUACAUCUGGCACCAGCAAUCAGGAUAUUCUUACCAACACUGAAAUACCUUUACAGCUUGUCACAGUUUCGGGAAACGAGACAAUGGAGUAAAUAUUACACAAGAUACCUAUUAAUUGUGGUUAUUUUUAUACAGUAGUGAGAAGAAUAUUGUUCCUAAGUUCUUAGAUAUCUUUUUAUUGAUGUGCAAAAAUUUUUGGAUUGACAGUAACUUGGUUAUACAUGACACUGAAAUGCCUUACUUUGUAUGAUAUUCCAUAGUAUAUUAAAAUGGUAAAAUUGCAUGGGUUUUGUAGGUACUUUUGGAAUCUAGAAGAGAUGAAAUUUUACCAAGUUAUAUUAAAAAAAAAAAAGAAUUUAACGAUGGAAAUGGUAGUCUAACCAAAUGCAUCAAUCCUGUGUGGUUUAGUGUAAAAAAAUGAGAACAUGUUGGUAUUUAUCUAUUGUAAGAUAAAAGAAGUUGAUGGGUGAAAAGAAAUCAUGUUAUGAUAAAAGAAAUUUUGUAAUUUUCUUGAUGACUGGAAUUUUUAUUAUGCAUAACUGACAAAUCAAGUUUCCAAGCAAAUGUUACAUAGUGUAGGCUUUACUUAGCUCAUCAACUUGUCAUUUUGAAGCUAAUUAUUUUAAUUAGGUUAACUAUGUACAAUAUUUUAAGCAUUACUCUUGUAAGAUUUUGAAAACUACAUUUUAACAUGGAACUCUAGGGAUAGUCACCUUUUAAAUCCUAUUGAAAAGCCAUGUUUAAGAUUUAAUUUGCCAAAAUGAUGUCUUGUUAAUAUUCUUUCAGUAACCAAGGUGGGCAAUAUAACCAAUGUUUAAAAAGCUUAAAAUGUUAAAAAAAAAAAAAAUAUGUAUAGGUUGAGGCAUUUGGGUGGUAAGGCAAAUGUUAUAGUGAAGUAUAUCCCUUCUUUUGAACAUUGGAGGACCAAAAAUAAGGUGUAUUGCGUCUCAGCAGUGAUUUUUAUCAAAUCUUUUUCCAAAAAAACAUCUGUCUGCCAGGGCCUUAAAAGCCAUCGUGUAAAUUAACAGUAAAAUACAACAUAUGCAAAUACAACAGAAAAAAUCACUUCCAUAUUGACAGUACUCCCAAACAUAUGGAUAUAGUCAUAGUGAACUAGGGGUUUUAUGAGGUUUUUAUUUGUUUGUUGUUUAGUUUUUGGUUAGUCAAUCUGCAUUUAAAUAUCAGCCAUCUUUUCUUUUUUGCUUCUUCCCUUAAAAAUUGUAUGUAUCCAGUACAUUUAACUGAUAAACAUAUAUGUUUUUUAUUAUGCUGAAUUUUCUUUUUAUUUUUUAAUUACUGUUUAUAUUUUCAAUUAUAGAAAAAUGUACAAAAUGAAGUUAUAUAGCCAGUCUGUAAGUGCUAUACCAUUUUCAAAAAAUGUACAACAAUAAUUACUGCAGUUCACCUAUUUACAAACAUUUGGAAAUCUGUUCAUUUGUUAUUCUUAAAACCACCUCAAAUUUAAAGGCUACCUUAUUGUACGUUUAAAGUGUAUUAUAACAGUGUGGUAGUUAAUAAAACACUAUUUUUUUUUUUCUUUUGA